AGAGGUUCGUUGUCUGCGCUUAGUUUCCAACAGUUUGCCAGCCAGAGGUUUUCAGGAGCAGAAAUUUGUACACCAUUCGGAUUCGCGUUCGUUUCGUUGACCAUCGGUUGCGUGGUGUUCCGUUUGGACCGUGUGUGUUUCCGUUUUUACGCCGUUUGCCGAUUGGCCCACCGCGGAUGGAACUUUUCGACACAACCUAUCGGUAGUCGGUUUAUCGUUUUAAUUUUUACGGUUUUUUUUUUCCUGCUGCCUUGCUCGCGAUCCUAUCAAAUCGCCUCGAUCGUUCGUUUAGGUGAAAGGUAGAGAAAAAGAAAUUUUCUGCACACAAAAGAAACGACAAAGUGAGCGGGACAAGAGUUGGCUGAUUGAUCGCGGCGGAGAGAAAGAGAAGAUCACACACACGAUCGGUUGGCUGGUUGGUUGAAUAAAAGUGUUGGGCAAAAGGAAGAACGGAAAAAAAGAACGUCCGAAGGAAGUUUUCUUUUUUGACAUUUUGAUUUAUCUUCAAUUCGUUUCGACGCAUGCUGUGUUAACAUUAUUGUUGCUGUGAUUGUUACGGAUUGCCUGAUUGUACCGGAUUUUCCUUUAGGAAAGUUUGUCCUAAACACUAGAAGCUGCGGUCGAAAUCUCAAGAUCGUUUGCCGAUAACUUUACAGAAAAUUAGUUCGACUUAAGGUAGGGAAGAAUCCCUGUUCAUUUUUCUUUUGAAUCCGGUUAUUAUAAAGCUGCAAACCUGAAGAAGUUAGUGCAAACCCGUCUCAAUAUGAUCCAGGAUCCGGGCGCUGGUCCGAGUGAAAGUCCAGAACCACAGCCAGCCAGCAAAUAUGAACGGGUCGCUUACGACAUUCAUCGGCCACCGAUGGGGGCAGUUGCACCAGCACCCAUUGCAAUGCAAGUGGAUUCCGAAUGUCCGCUGGACAUGACCGUACGUCGGAAGGAUUGCGAUCGACAGGGAGACACCUCUCCGGGUGGAGAGACCGCAAACAGUAGUGCCAGGAGCAGCAGCACCAGCACCACAGACGCACCGAUUAAUCUGAACAUGCGCCCAAGUGUGAUAACCAAGGCUCCCCCUCCACCGAUCAAAAAGCGUAUCAGUAGCAUGCAUAGUAAUGGUGAAAUCGUGAUAAAAAAUACUGCAGGUGAUAAUCUUUCUCCGGUAAAUUGCGAUGUGUUUAUCGAAGAGCAUUUCCGAAGAUCUCUAGGUAAUACUUAUGCGUCCAUUUAUGGACCUAACAACAAUAAUACCACUCAGCAAAAGAGUAGUGGCAGUGAUACCAGAAACAGUAGUACUAGUAGUACUAGCAGUAUUAGCAGCAGUAGUUCCAGCAGCGCAAUAAGCACAAGCAGCAGUUUGAACAGUUCGAGCGGCAUCAGCAGCAGCAACCUAGCAAAUUUCAGCAUCGCAAGCCAGCUGCAGAUUGCUCCCAAUCCCGUUGUCAGACCGGCUCCGAUUGCACCGCUAGAAGUCACUCCAAUCUUGAAGGUUAAGGCGGAAGCCGCACUAAUUCAGCCGCAGCCGCAGCAACUGCUUCAGCACACACGGCCCGAGUUGAAAACCUCCCAAAAAGAGCCCGGCACCAUGCAGCACGUCGUUCGACCGGACUCGGAGGAGGAAGUAGACGAUCACUUUGCUAAAGCUUUAGGAAACGAUACUUGGAAGAUGAUACAGGAGAAGAAAAUGAACUUGUGAGCUGUGUCGCGGCCGAAAACAAACAAAAAAAAAACCAGCAAUCGUUUAGUCCUCGCGCUUGGGGACAAAAAUCUUUUUGAACAAGGUUUGCGUUAUAUAACGACUAAGAGAACCGGUAAGAAAAACUAAACCACAAUCACGCGUCUCGUGGCUGAUGGGGCACCAGCAACAUCUCAUGUUAAUCCACCAGCAGUGCCCGAAGAAAAAGAAAAAAAAAGAAGAAAACUGUAAAACGAACUGAAACAAACGCCGCAAUCACAGAGUCCAAGACUAGAACUCAUUUAAAAAGAGACCCGUGCUGCGUCGCGUCUCGGUUAGAAUUGUGGUCAAUUGUUAACACAUUUAUACCAUUUUUUACUCUUAAUUACUCGUACUAUAUUAUCAACUAUUGCUGAUGUCUGUGUUAGGAACGCUUUUCUUUUUUACAUAUACAUAUUCUCUUAGACGGUCACUUGUUCGAAACGAGCGCAUUUACUAAUUCCUUGUUGUUUGUUGUAACAUGAUAUAUUUUUGUUCCUAUAGAUUCGUUUUUCCCAGCUCUCGGUCCUCGGUGCCUUCACUCACUAUAUUGCUCGACCUCGGCCGACUGUCGAUCUACAGGAAGAUUCACGCGAAUAUCAUUGAUUUCAAAAUCCAGUGGCGCAAUUCACAUUUGUGCUCGAAUGUAACCUGAACUAAUCACACGGCAAGUGCAAUUGUGUUGGGCAAAACGUCACGUUGCAAAGUAGAAAAUGUAGAUCUCCUGUUACUGAGUGAUUGACACCCGCUCCGGUUGGUUUAAUCCUUCAUCCCAGUACUGAUUUCGAAUGGUGCUAGAGGCUAUCGAACGCAAUCUACCCACCCUUGGAAACCAGUACUUGUGAAGAUCCUAAUCCCCUGAAAAAAAAAACACACUCAACCUAACUAUCAAUUUUGAGCUCUUAUAAUCAAAAACCCUGCAUCCGAUUUGCAAUCAAAUUUUCCUUAGUUUUCUAUUGUUUCUACCCUUUAAAGUGGAAGUUUAAAGCUAAAGAUGAAGCCUUGCUUUAGUGCUAUUCCGUUAUUUUUAUUUUCCUCCCGUUUUUUUUUAUUUCCUUUAUCAUCGAAUAAUAUUAGUGAUAAGUUUUAAAACAAAAACUAAAAGUGAGUAAAAAUAUUAAAAAAAAUCACUCGCGCAAACUACGGCAGAAAAAAAGUACCAUUUACGGCAAGGAAAGCAAAACACUGUGUAACAAUGCUAUGUAAGUGUAGAGUUCUCGAUGAAAACAGUAAUAAAAUAUUUUUUGUGAU